CCUCCUCCUAUGCUAAUAGCUAACAACAGUGACAGUUAAACAGUCAAACCACUCCCAAGUGAUUCAUACCGGCUCACGUAUCGAGAUUAAGUCAAGCCGCUUCCGUGAUAAUGUUGCGAAACUAAUGUAUUACCACUGGGCGCAAACGUGCUUUUGCCUUUUCUCCGGUAGGACUUUGAUUAUUGUUUAAAAACUUUUAUUAGCGUCUGUGUGGCUAGUGAGCUAACUAGAGGACAGUUGGUUAGCUCGCCAGAAGUCGAUGUUCUCUCAUGGAGGAUUUGUCCAGUUAUUAAUCAAAGGGAUUUACAAGUGGACAAGGACAGAGCAGAGAGGGUGUGCUCUGAGUUUCUUCACAAUGGGGAACACUUGCAGUAAUCACCUCGGGAUCCCUCCUGCCAAGGGCCCCAACCAUGUGGGAUGCACUGAUUUCAUGAUGGACCACACCACCAAGGGCAGCUUCUUCCGCCUCUACUAUCCUUGUCAAGAGACCAAGGAAGCAGACAAACCCGACUGGAUCCCAUGCAGGGAGUAUUUUAACGGCCUGGCAGACUUCAUGAAAAUCAACAGAACUCUCAGUGAAGGCAUUUUCAACUACCUCUUUGGAUCCUUUAAGAUCCCAGCUUACUUGGAUGCUCCCUUCAAAUCAAAUGAAAAAUGUCCUGUAGUUAUCUUCUCCCAUGGCCUGGGAGCCUUCAGGACUCUGUAUUCAGCUAUAUGUGCAGAACUGGCCUCUCAGGGUUUCAUCGUGGCGUCUGUUGAACACAGAGACCAGUCAGCGUCGGCCACUUUUUAUUUUCAAGAGAAGUCCGAGUCGGAGAGGACGAAUGAAAAUGUGCCUUGUACGUCAGCCUCAGCCCAAGACUUGGUGCAGGAGUGGAUGUACUAUAGAGUUCUGCAGCAGGGAGAGAUGGAGUUCCCUCUGAGAAAUAAACAGGUGAAACAGAGAGCAAACGAAUGCAUUCUGGCUCUGGACAAACUCAUUGAAAUCAAUUCAGGGAUCCAAGUACAAAACGCCCUGCAAACACGGUUUGACUGGACGUCGCUAGAGAACUCCAUGGAUCUGUGCAGGAUAGCAGCGAUGGGACAUUCCUUUGGGGGCGCGACAAUGAUUGAAGCUCUUUGUAAAGAGGUUAAAUUCAAGUGUGGUGUAGCGCUGGACGCUUGGAUGUUUCCAUUAGACGAAGAGAUCUUUCCUCGCGUGAAGCAGCCCAUCUUCUUCAUCAACUCUGAGAAGUUCCAGUGGGCGGGGAACAUCAGCCGCAUGAAGAAGCUCGACUCGGCCGUCAUCCAGAGGAAAAUGAUCACCAUCAGAGGAACAGUCCACCAGAGUUUCCCAGACUUCACCUUCCUGACGGGGAACUGGAUUGGUAAACUGAUGAAGCUCAAGGGUGAGAUCGACCCGGAGAUCGCCAUCAACCUCUCCAACAGAGCAACACUAGCCUUUCUGCAGCGCCAUCUUGGUUUAGACAAGAGCUUUAAUCAGUGGGACCCUCUGAUCAACGGCGAGGACGACAACCUCAUUCCAGGAACAAAUGUUACCAUGCUUCACUCUUCCAUCUGAACUGCCACUGAGCCUCAUGCACUGCAGGAAAACGUGGGACUACCAGGCCCGAGGACUGAACCACCUCACUGUGUGUACGUGUGGAGCGUUCCCAAAAUGUCAAGGCUUCCUGCCAUUUCACACAUGCUAUUUUUGGUAAUGGACAGAAAAGGUAACGUUUGGGUGUAGUAAUGAAGAGGAACACCAGCCUCUACCUCAUCAGCAGCUAAAAUACUCUAUAGUGUUUGUUUCACAUGGCCUGAAUGUAUAAUACAAUCAGCUCUUCUUUUCACUGUUGGUGAAAUAUUCACUUUUAAAAACGGAAAACACAGAGACUUGAACACUCUUGCUUCACAUGCACACAUUUAGCACAUGGACCAAGAGGGUGCAAGACUUAUUUUUUUCAUUUUUAGUUUUGUUUCUCAGUCAGUGUGCAUUAUUUUUUCCCACUACAUGAAAUCUUCACUAUUAACAUCUACUUCCAAGAGAAAUGGUUUGAAAGUUUAAAUUUUUUUCUAUGAUUGCUGUGAUUAUGUGAUAAGGCCUGAAUGACAACAUGAUAGGGAUGUAUUUGGGAAAAAAAAAAAAUUAUAAUUUUAGACAAGAUACUGCUAAUCCAUAUAAAUCAUCCAGAUACAAAUGAUUUAAUGAAACAUAAGCACAGAAACACUACAAAGCUACAUCAAGUGUGUUAUUACUUACAGUACUGUAUGCAACCACCUUUUACAGUUAUACUCUCGACUGGACGAUAUAUUUUUUGUAUAUACGAGAAAACCAAUAAAUUUGGUUUGUAUACAAA